UGCUCAUCCCCUGAAGCAAAAGGCGUGGUAGUUCUCCUCUUUGGUACACCAAGUGUCACAUUUCUGGAGAAUAAUGCUCAGUCUGAGCUGUCACUGAUACCUGGACUGACAGACAGGUGCGGCGAUUCAGCCAUAUAUAGCGAGAGGGGAAGAAAAGGUUGGUAUAACUUCACCUGUCAGUCUUUAUACCGGAGAGCUGAACUCCUGUUUGCUCACUUUGGCUUCUUCUUUGACAGAACCAUCGGGGGAACAGCAUGAGAGGACGGUUCAAACGUAAAGACUCAAAAGAAAGAGGCGAAGGGGCCUCAAACCUCGGGGCUCCUCCGCCAGGGAAAACCGCGGCGGGCUUGGCCGAGACACACGCACCUGUUCCGGGAGGAAAAGACGGUAGGAGGAACUGUAUGGAGGCUCCAUGGCUCUGUGUGUGUUUGUGUCGGUUAAAAUGCGUUUGCCUUUGAGAACAAGACUUACAUUGUCAUGUUAGCACUUUUUAUUUAAAGUAUUCUUUACUUCUACUGCACAAAUAACUCAUGAAACUAUUGGCAGUGUUGGUUGAUGGAUGUAAACUUUGCUAUUGAACACAUUUGUACGUGAACGCCUCAGAACACAGGUAAACGACAUUCAACAAUGCAUCUCUGACAUGUCAUUUUUUUUUCAGGCUUAAAAAUGUCAAAGGUAAUCAAUCAACAUUGCCAAAUUUAAAAUUAUACAUUACUUCCAAUUUUUUUCUUAAAAUGCAUUGAAAUAGUUUGUCUGCUCAUGUCCCUACAUUAGGCCCACUGUGCCAUAUUAAGAGUGCAAGAUGCCUCCUUUUGAUUUAAAUCUGCUCUCAUAAGACAAAAGCAGAAUUAAAAGAAAUGUCUAACACAGCAUUUAUAAAUACUGUAUUUUUGAUCUGGGGUAUUAUUUCAAUGUAUUUCUUUUCUAAAUGGAAAGUAAAACUAAUACAACUUUGGAGGCAGGUAAACAGUUGUAGUGCCUGCAAUGUUUCCUUUGCAGCACAUAGUCUAAAGAAAUAAAGAGUACAACAUGUUUUGGACUUGUUACAGUCAACAGCUGGAGCCUGCAGUUUUGAGAUGGGCUGUAACAGCUGUGUAAUCCCUGCAGGAAAAUGCACCCCAUGAACAGAGUGAUUUUACCACUGACAGGUGCAUUGGUAACAAGCAUCUGGUGAUAUUACAGAAAGAUUUUGUUUAAAACCAAGAUGCUUUUUGUGCAAGGAAAAUCUACCACAGUGCACUUUUUGUUGAUAAAAACAGUUAUUCUACUUCGCAGAUCAUGGAAGUUACCGAUGACUUUUGUUUGUGUGAUUUUCUCAGUCCAUUCCUGUGCAGUUUUGCAUCCACCUCAAUAAGUUAUCUUUUCUGUUUCCUUACAAGGUACGAGAUGUCCCCUGUAUGAUGGUGAAAAGGUCUACCUGGGGGUCCGUGUCAAAAUGCCAGUAAGGGAUCUCCUAAGAAACAUCCGACUGGCACAAGGCAGGGAUCCACAAGAUCCUCAGGUACAAUUAUUGUCAGAACAUACCUGACAAAGUUACCAUCAGUUUCAAAUGUAGAUACAAUGACCUUGAUUUUUCUGUAUACACAAAUCCAGGAUUAUGGGUGGGAUUCUGUGUUGAGUUUCAGAAUAUAAACAUAUGCCUGAGGUAGUUUGGGUUGUUAAGGGCUUUUUGACCCAAGAUUUUGGAACCGAUUACUUCUAGGUUCUGCCAAAAAUCUGCCUCCACAGACUGCAGGUCCACUGCAAUUUUGAUUUAGCAGCAGAGUUUAAAGACCAUAAACCAAAAUACAUCCCCAAAGCACAGUUUCUAUGUUAUAUUUCAUCCACCCUUUCCAUUAAUCAUAUAAGGUUGAUAACGUCAACCUAAAGUUUAAUUAUAAAUUCAUUUUGCACAAACUUCUCUGCAGAGGAACAGCAGGGUUGCUUUUCUUCAGUGUAUUAAUGUGAUGCGCAGGUUUUCAUGCACAUGCGUAAAGUAGCUGCAAAGGUAUUAACCAAAGUUUAAACUUUCACCCUCAAUCCAAGGUCUCUGUUGUUUUUUUACAGUAAUACAUAUAUAGUGUGUGCUGUUUUAAAUACACAAUUCAAACUGAUGCAUUUGUUGUUUUUGUGUCAUUGCAGGAGAAGUGCGGAAAAACAGCCAUAGGUCAGUAUGAGAGAUUUGUAAGAGUUGGUGAAGUGCUGUGCUGUAGAUUGUUGUUGUUUUUUCUAACGGGCUAAUACGCCUAUCUUCAUGAGGGCCGCCUCCCUUUUAGUCAACAGUUUAGAUCUGCUGUUUAUGAAUCAACUAAUGAUUCAUUAGUUUGUUUAAUAACUGCACGUUCUCCUGUUUUUACUAGCAGCCUUUUUAAAUCGAGCGAAGCCGGAGCUUUAGCAGGAAAAGCUGCAAACAUAUGAAAUCAGUCUCACAGUGACCCUUUAGUGUACACCCUCUCCCAGGUUGUCAACCAGAAGGCUAAAUUAUCGACUUUAAUAAUGAAUAACAAACAGUACGGCUACUGGAUAAGCAGGUUCAGGUGAUAAUUCUCAUUUGUUCUUUUGCAAACACGUGUCAGGAUGUUAAGAAGGCCCUCAUAUUCAGCUGCUGAUAGCUUUGGUUGUGUAGCUGGUUUUAAAGGUCGGGACUCCUUCACUGAGCAGAAUUUAAAAUAUUUUACCUGGAGCAGAGUUAUCAGCAGAGGACCUCACCUUUCAAACACUAAAUAUUGCACUUUUAUGUGUUUGAAAUGAUUGAUUUAUCCGAGGUGAAGUUUUAGAGCUUCCAGUGGAGCUGCUGUUAACCUCAGCUCACGAGCUGCAGAUAAACAGCACUGAAGGAGGGCUGAUCUACAUUUUCUUCUGAUAAAUCAUUGUAUUGGACAGAAAAAAAGCAAAAGAAAGAGGCCUAUUAAAAACAGCCAAAUCCAAUCCAAUUGACAGAAUCCAGAGUCAAAUGCAGCUUUAAGUCCAGGCACACACACAGGGGCAAUGUGGUUAAACAAUCACCAAGAGGGAACAAAAACCUGCAGCACACACACACCAGCACGCCUUAAGCCUGAUACUUGAGUGAGAGCAAACAUGUUGUAAAGCACUCUCAAACUUAAACUUGACAUAUUCUACUACAGGAGAGAAGAAACGAGUCAAAACUCGCACAGGACGCCGAACUGCCAAGGUGAGAUUUUUUGAAAAUAGACCUUAGUUCCUCCCAAAAGGUUUCACAAGCUCUGUGCAGCUUUAUGGAUCUCUGUAAAUCACAUGACAGCUCUGAACAGCUUUAAGAUAAGUAUGCAUACCUUUACUGUCUUUGGCUGUCAGAGAAAACGCCCCACAAAGAGCCUGGAGGAGUUGGCAAUAAUUGUGGAGGUUCUGGAGGAGGAUCUCAGGACUGGAAACACAUACUGCUCACCCCCCCAGUCUCUGCCCUCCCCUGGCUCUUCUGUGUCUCCUGAGUGGUCUCCAACUGGUAAGUCAGCUGAUCAUAUUCACAUGUAUACAGUUAGCAAAAGUGGUGAAGGUCGUCUGGGAGUUUUAGCCCAAAUUCCACUUUUUCAGAUGUCAGAUGCCAAAUACUCUAACGUUACCUGUUUCUGUUGAAGGUGCUGGGUACAACAGCGAUGAGUCUGAUGAAAUGAUCCCCAGCCCCCAGUCCUACAUGAGCCACUCACCUGGCUCGCUGGAGUACCAGCAGGCCCUGUCUCCCACUACCUUCAUGCACAAUAGCCUCCAGCAUCCCUGCGUUGGUCACAUGGGAGAUGGAGGAGGAGGAGCAGGAAUGGAGGACUUCUUUGACAUCCCGAACCAGGACUGGAGCGUGGACAGCUCUGCUUUCUUCUUCACCCAGCUGCAGAAAGAGGAGAGCCAGCUGAGACACAUUGCUGACUCUGUGCUGCUGUCCACCGAUGACCAGGGCAGGACGUAAGUCUCGUGCCAAACUCAAGUUGUAUGUGUGCGAACAUUUGAUCAAUCAGUCUGUUGAUAUGACACCAAUUCACAACAUACACCUCAAGAGGCUUCACACACCCAGGGCCAUUCAGUCUCAAUACUUACACAGGGUUCAUGAUAGGCUGAUCUAGAUAUUCAUGGCAGUCGAGGUUAGUAGGUCUAAUUUGGUUUUAUAAUAAUGGUAUUGGUAAUGGGGGAAGGGAUAAUCAAAUCAAUUAAAACAAUUGAUGACAAGCUGCUCUAAAAUUAACAUAAGCAUUGUCAAAUAGACAGUAAGGGUGAGGCUGGUACUUGGAGUUGUAGCAGCUGAGUCAGGCAUCUGUAGCAAAGAUCCAAAGACACCUACAAGAUUAAACCAAGAGAAGACAGGAGCUCCGUGUGCCAUCAAAAUCAAGCACCUACAUGACCCACAAGGCAACAUAGUGGCCCAUAGUCUAACUACACAACAUGUUACAGAGUAUUCAUGGUAAAAUCCUGUUUAGUUGCUUCACUUUCUGGCUCCUCUCAUAUGCAGUAAGAAAAAACCCUGUUAUGACUUACAGGGACUUUUGAAUAGAGCAGAGAGAGCAGAGCAAUUUAUGAGUAACAGCUUUUUAUUAUUUUAAAUUUUGUUUUAAUUUUUGCUCUAACAGGCCUGCAGGCUUUUUGUCCCACUUAAGCUUAGUUUAAAAAGAGCUUUCCAUCUACAUGCACACAUAAAAAAACAAAAAGACAAACACCGGUAAUCCUUCAACAUGAUUGUCAGUAAAUACCCUCACUUUUUAAUAUCUAAUGAAAACAUGGACUUUGCUUGUUCCCCAAGAGCUCUCCAUAAAGUGGCGUGUGUCGGGAAGAGGGCGCUGGGAUACGCCAUCGCUAAAAGGAUGGCUGCACUCAACAGCCUGGACCUCAAAGAUUCAGAGGGCAUGGUAAGGAUUUCGAUGUCUAGGUAUCAAGAUUAAACCUGGUCUUUUAGAUCAGUACAGCUCCUCUGAGUUUGAUAUUUGUCUAAAUCAAACAUUAAUAAAAUAUCCAGUGCUGAAAGGUCUAAAGAAUGCAGCUUCUCCUUCUGAAACCUCAGACUGAACAGAGCAAAUAAAUUCUGCAGGGUGUUUAAGGAUGUGGUUUGUAGUCCACAUGUUGCGGCACCAUUAAAUAACCCUGCUGAUUAAUAUUAAUGUGCUUCUGUUUGCAGACUGCCCUCCUCCAUGCAGCAAAGCACAACCACCACUUGAUGGUUGCAGAUCUGAUUCGAUUAGGGGCCAAUGUCAAUGAGAGGAACUACUUGGGAAAGUCGUGCCUCCACCUCAGCGCUGAGAAAGGCUACGUCAGAGUUCUGGAGGUGAGAGCUUUGUCUCGUCUUAAACUCUAAAAUGCGGUUUUGGUUGUUUGUCAUUGUUUAACAUGGUAUUUAACACAUUACAUAUUUUCAAUGAUUAUUUUAAUUUAAAGAAAACAGAUCAGCACAGAGAUACAGAGACACACACUUGGUAGAGAAGUGGAGCAAGCUGAUGCGUGCUGGAACACAUGAUCCUGUGGGAAGCAGACGUGUUUACCCUUUUUUUUUUCUUGUCUGAUUAUAAGAAUAUCUUUCAACACCUCAAAACAUCAGAAACCCGACACCAUAUGUCACAAAUGAAUAUACUUUCCUCUGAUCUGACAGGUUAUUUGGGUGCAUGUUCACAUGUAUAUCGGUUCUCAUGUCACUAAGCCUCUUAUUUUUAUUGGCAUAGCUAAUUGAAUCUUUGCAAAACCCGGAUAAAAAAACAACACAGCCGGUUUGUAAAUACACUGUGUCAUUCUGCGGUUAUUCAGUGUGUGCUGAACGUGCAGUACUUUGUUGGCAUCAUGUGUCUGACCCUGUGGGAGGAUUUCGUCCGCCUGACGGGUGACGCAUACAGAGACAACAAGAACACUGUGUACCUUUAGCAGAGUCGGGGUGCAGAAACGGAAACGAAACAGUUGGUUCAAGUAGUCGCAGGUUCGGCCUAGUUUCCAAGCUUUCCGUCUGCACUAUAAUUGCACCGUUUAAAUACAUGCAGCAGAUGUUUGAUGAGAAUGAAACAUUUGUGGAGAAGGCAACCAAGGUCAAAACACAUGCAGACUCUGUUUUCCUAGAAAUGCAAAAGCAGUGAGGGCACAGCAGGAUUUCCAAACAUAUCUGUGUUUUUGAGAGUCACCAUGUGUCACAGUGGAGUAAAGGCGCAGUAAGGGAGGCAUUCAAGAGCAAUCAAGCAGUGCACCUUAAUUUGGUGUCCAGAUUUGUCACACCAUCUGCUGACAGACUUUUUAUGGAACAUGUCUUCAGAAACCCGCUGUACUUUGAGCAGUUCACCUUAUUUGCACUGCGGCAUGAUUUACCCUUGUUUUUUUAUUCUUUGUACCAUUUUGUAGAUGUCUUUUUGUAAAGCACCUGAAAAGAAAAAGGAAAACCAGGGAGUAUUUCUGCAUUCAAAUAGCUGUGAAUAUCUGGCAGACCCAAAUGACAAGUUUAGACACAAUGAGAUUUUCUACGUCACAAACUUAUGCUCCGCACCCGGCGACCCUGCUAUGCAGGCCAGACCCUGAGAAGUAAAGGGGACGACUGCGGAACAAAUGGGUGCGUUAGCGGGUUGCAAUGCUCGUAAAAAAAGCAAAUUAUGAUGUUAGCUUUUAUCAUGUCCAUAAAGACAUUAAUGUCCAAGAGCUGAAUAGCUCCUACGUUACCUGCCACUUCUACUACACCUGCAAUGUUAGGCUACAAGCUAGUGUGAAGAGGAGUGUGCAAAGCAACAUUGUCUCCGCCCACGACUCAGAGGCAAAUUAGUAACGUGAUUUUGUCUCAAAACUUCAUUAUCAUAAUUAAAAGACCACUGAGAACACUUUAGGUCGUAAAAAAAUAAAGGUUCGGAGUGAGACUUAAAUGAAUCAAAUCCUGGGGUACUUGGAUAAAUAAGUUUGUACAUGGUCUGGAAUUUACCAAUGGAGCAGCCUGGUUCACUCACAUUUAUAAUUCAAAGGAAAGCAGCUAGAGAGACAGAAAAGAAAAACAGCAGCAUUGGUAAAAACAAAGCUUUGGCUCUGGGCAGUAUUUAAAGUUCCUGUGAGGAACUUUAAGCUUGCAUCAACUUUGGCACCCCCUGUGGACAGAGUAGAUUUUUUUAUUAUUAUUCUUGUCUUCUACAUGCCUGAUGGGUGUCCUCUGACAGAAAUCUUGUCUGGUGACUUUGACUUGACCUUUAACUGGUUGACACCUGCCUCCACACCCAAUUCAGGCAGUAAAAAUCAAAAUCUAAAAAUUGUUGGUCUUGUUUGCUUUUGUUCAUUGUAAAAAGGCAUUUAUAUGAAUUUUUGUGUAUCUCAUAAACUUUAAAAACUUGAAAAAACUCCUCACAGGAGCUUUAAAUUAUGCAGAACUGGGACACCUGACUACUUUUUGCUAAUAAUGCGGCUCACAAUCUAGGCUUGUUUGGUGGUUUGUUUUUGGUGCAACAUGAGUCAAACCAUGUAGUGUGCCUGGACUCGAGCACUUCUGCCAGAAAAUAACAAUGAGACUCUUCUGCAUUCUGCACACACAUUCAAACCUAAUGAUAUUUAAGAACAGUUUUUGAUUAAAAUGCUGUUUUUCAAAAUCUGAUGAUCAGCACACUUACGAAAUCAUCCUUAGGGCACAGUGUCAUUACUUUUAUUAAAUACUGUGUUUAAAUUACCUUUGAGCUUUGUUAGACUACUGUUAAUCUGUAACAGCUGACCAAACCUGUUUUUGUCGUGCUUAAUAAGAACCCAGACAAACCCUGACCAAGCUUGAUCUGGAUCCCUUUUGCGCUGAUAGGUGUCAGCGCUAAUCGCUUGACCACCAUUCAUCUGUCAAUAAAAUCGAAUGCUGUUAAACCGAUAAUGACAGAACAUGCUCCAGUACCACCUUGAACCCAAGUUAUUUAUUCAGUUGACAUGUCUAGCACCAUCUUUCCACCUGCAGCUAUAUGAGGGCGGCAGGUAUGUGUGCUUUGAAUUCCUCUCAUUGCCGAAGCAUUAUUCAUCACGCUAAAUGAAGCUGGUGUACCUUAAUUAAAUUGUUGCGCAACAACACAAUCACUGCACUCAGUGUCCUCGUACUUGUUUUUCCAAAUCAGACGGUUGUGCUGGGGAUGUUAUUUUUGUCACUGAGUGAGAAACAAUUUGCACAGGUUAAAAUGAGCAGUUUCAAGGAAGUUUGUUCCCCACAGUUAUAGACAUCACUGUAACGUCCCAAGAUUUCCGUUAUUGUCCAUCGAUCUGUUGGUCAUCUCUUCAGCAAAAAAACCCUCAAUAUGACGUCUUUUGUUGAUGGAUACAUGGACAUGUUCCACUGACUCAGUUCGGCUGCUUAACCAUAAUUUAGAAAAUGAGGAGUAUAGAACUGUAUGACCUUUGCAUGAUAGACUCGUCUUAUAUAGCUUCACCUUUUCAUACUCUUGGAGGCUCUGCAUUUUUGCUUUUGUCAUUUUGAUUUUUUGGCACUGGAGAUGUGCAUUACAGACGAGGGCUUGGCACAUACUAUAACAUCAGAGCCGCAUAGUCUACACGUAAGCUGGCUUGGAGAGAGUUUGGGUUUUCCAUAGACUGAACAGCAAAUGCUGUCACCCUUGUAAAUACCAGAAUUACUUAUUGGUCAAGCAAAAUAUAAAUUUUCAUUUUUAUAGCCCUGAAAUUUCAGUCACAUGUUGUGCCUAGACUGUAAAGCAACCACCGCUACUAGCUGGGGCUGGAGCUGGAGCUGCAAUUCUGUAACGCCCUACAACCCAACCCUUAGUUUUGACUAUUUUCUAGAGUGAGUUAUAUGAAAAUUCAGCCUCUGCACACCCGUCAGAAAUAAAACCAGCAACAAAAACAAAACAAAAAAAAAGUUUUGGAUGCCAAGAGUUCUCUGAUGUUGGUUUUUCUUUUCGGCUGCAUGCACAGAGUAUGUUUGUGAAUUUCUGUCUUAACCUUUGUGUUUGUUUUGUUUUCUAAAGGUCCUCAAACACGCCAUGAUGGAUGGUGUGUAUGUUGACGUUGAAGCCACUGAUAACUCUGGUGAGUACUGUAAUAUUUCAGAUCUCUAAGAUUUUAAAUAAUGAUGAUAAUUUAUUGCUUUUAUAGGGCUUAAAUUCAAAACAGAUGUUUAUAAUGAAUAAAAUGGAAACACACUUUAAUGUAACACACAGCCUAUCAUAUUUUGCUGUGCCAGAAAACUUUGAUCGCCUGUCAAGUUCAGAGCCAACACCUAUAAAACACCUUAAACCAAAUACUCGCCUACAGGAGUCCCAUUUGAUUAGCAGCUUUGCACUUCCCCUAUACAAAGAAAAAAAUUUAAAAUAGCAAAAAUCUGUUUUAGAAAUUAAAUUAUUUCCAUAUGAAAAUAUCGAUUACAACUUCAAAUUUGUAAAAAAAAAAAAAAAAAGAUGGUAAGAUGUAUAGAAAUCACUGCAUGGGCUCAAAGUUUCUUCCAAAAACCUCUGACUGUGCAUCUACAAAUUCAAACAUGACCUUGACACUUGAAGAACUUCACUGGGCCUGACCCCAUUUCAGAAGGUUUAAAGUGAAGAGGAAGACUGUUCCAGGGUCUGACAAAUCAACAUUUAACUUUCUUCUUGCACUCUGCAUCCUCUGGCCUAAAGAGGAGACCACCUGGCUUGUUGUCAGUUGUUUUCUUAUGUAGAUAAUUUAAUUUCUAAAUCGAGCUGCUCACACUUUUUAAAGUUAAACCAGAUGUUUAAUUUAUCAAAUGUUUGCAUGUGUUUCUAGGAAUGAGUGUCCUCCAGUGUGCUUCAGUUGCCCUAAAAGCCACAGUACGAGAGCUGGAAACCAGUACAUCUCCCAACUACACCAGACUGCACACUCUGCACAGGGAGCAGAUGAUGGAGACCCUGGAGUGUCUGCUGCAGAUGGGCAGCUACCUUCACACCUUGGUAUGACACUAUAUAAUGGUCCUUUAAGUUUUCAAUCUCAAUGUCAGAAGAUAAGGAAGAUAAGUUUUAUCUAAAGAUUAUCAUUAGACAGUCUUGGUGUUAGAGGUAAAUGAAGGAGGGAUUAAGUGCUGUGACUUUGGGUAACUCAGAGUGAAAUCCUUAAUCAACUCAUUGUUCAUCACACUGACUGAGAAGAGAACUUUUUGAAGCUUUUUGUGCAGCUUUUACAGGCCGUAUGACAUUUAAACAGCGAUAAUGGUGUCAGCUCUCUAUGUUUGCAGUGUAGCUUGUUGGCUUUGUCCCACAUCCUGAAGAUCCUGAACAAAUAAUGAGUCAUUGUCAGCUAAGAUCUCGGCAAACAACAUGUACCUGCUGCAUGUUUACGAACCUGAGCCUCCCUGUUCUCCUGUGCUUGCUGUGGAAUAGAUCGUGCUACUGUAAAGUAUGCUGGUAUGCUUUUGAAGUGUCAUGCACAGCAAUUGUGCCGUCACUUCUGCAUAAUGACGGUGAACGGACUCAGAAGUCAUGUCAGUCGACUUUGCCUUUGAUUUGACCGCUCUAUUUUUAGAUGUUCUCAUUGUCAGCAUGAGGACUUUGGCAGCAAAACCUUCAGGGUCUGAAAUGUCUCCUCUGAUGGGGCACUUACUGCAUGUCAGUAAAGCAGCCCAGGCCGUCACAGUUGAAUUUAUUUUUCAAGGUAUCUAGGACACUGAGCAAAGACUUGCAGCAGUGUGCACAUAAAGCUUUUAAGAUAUAGACCGGAGAGUUUUACAAGUAGAGUGAAUGAGAUCUACACAGUGCGCCCAACCAGGUCCAGCUGUGACAAGCUUUGCCAAAAGAAUGAUCAAUUCAAUAAAUGAGUUUACCUGCUGAAUAUGGUCCAGAGAAUGAGAUUUCAUGAUCAAAACAUAUCAGGUAGAAUAUGAUACCUACUCAGCAAUUACUGUCAACUCACAGCCCAGAGUUUGUCCGCCCCAAAAAAAACCUAAAGACUCCCCUCCAAUAAUAUUUACUUAUUUCAGCAAUUAAAUGCACACAUGUUGACUUAACAUGUGCUCGCGUGAGUGUGAUACUGAAGUGCAGCUGAGUCUGACAGGAGAUUAUCUUAAUGGUAUAAUCAAAUCAAACUAUAAUGUUGAUGUACAUCCUGCGUUGAUUUAUAACCACACACCUGCUUGUGGCCUGGCAAUAGCGAGAAAGAGCUUGUUUUAUGAAUAUUCUAUCCAAUGUUUUGGACCUUUUUAAUACCCACAACAUCAAAAAUCCAGGAAAAAAUCAGGUGCAUAUACUAAAUAUAUGUUCUCUAAAAGGCUUCUUCUUUCUUCCCAAUGACACUCAUGAGCUCUGAGCAAGCAAGCAGCUGUAAAUCCUCCUGUGCACAUGUUCAACUUUAAUCUUUUUACCCCUAAAAAUAACAGAGGAGCCAGCGGUGACUGAUAUUUGUAUUCAAGUUUGUUGGUUCUUGUUUUCUAGAGUAUCAUGUAUCUUAUUUAAUGGGGUAUAAGAGACUAUAAAGUGAGAUUUUUGCAAACCCACUGACUGUUUCCUCUAUCCAGACCUCUGAUGACUUACCCUGUCCUCUUUCUUUCUCUCAGGGGAGUCAGAGUUUGCAGCCCAGGUUUGCUUGACCCUUGUGGCACGUCGGCCCGGCAGGGCUGUUUUGGACCCCGACAGUAAUGUUCUGUGUUGAUUCAGGCUUGAGCCUCUUGAAUAGAGACCAACAUAAGUUUCUGUUCUUUCUGAGCUCGAGUUCAAGCCUGUUAUAUGUUAAGCAUCUGAGGUUCUGUGUGUGGUGAAAAUGUCUGACUUGCGAUCAGAUGUUUUUCGUGCAGCCUGCACAGAACCAUCAGGUGCACAUUCGGUGGUUUCUGUGAAACUUCCAUUGUUUGUUACAUACCAGUAACUAAUUGUCCUCAAUCAGUGUGUCUAUUGAGAUCUAGAUGGGAAAUCCUGUGAGAGGAGCUUUAAAAUGUUUAAGCUCCAGUAGAAAUUAUUUAGUCUUUCUGACACUAAAACAGAUCCUUUGGGUUUUUAAAAGCAUACACCCAAUAGCAGACAGUCUGCAAUAUUGAUUCAUGUUUAAAACCCAUGUGAAACUGGCCCUUUAAUAAGUUCUUGUCAAUCUUUUUAUUGGGUAAAAAUCAUUUUUACUGUAAGAGGGGGGCGUUUUUCUCCCCACUGCGGAUCAUAACUCACAGGAUUCACAUUAGACCGCUCAAGGACUUUGAUACCCGAGGACAUUAACCAUUUAGUCAGCAUUGUAUGGUGAUGGGAAGUAAAGCUACAUGUUUAGCCUUUCAUGUGCAUAUUAAAAAAUGAGGACUCAUCUAUUAAUGUUGAACUUUAUUUUGUUCAUUUGUUGGCUGUUUAAUAGAUAAGCCAGUUCAAAGGAAAGUCUCAUUUUAACAGGUGUAUUUUAACAGGUGUAAAGCCAAGGUGUUAGCAGAGUUUAUAAUCACCUUCUCUUGUAAUAGAGCACAAAAUAUAUUAUCCAGAUUCGCAUAAUAAUAUUUUUGUUCCUCUGUAAGAUGAUGAGAUUUUGACAGUUAUUCUGAGAUGUAAGAAGACUUUUUAGUUUUAAAUGUAAAACUCAGAUGUGUCUCACUCCAGAUCUUUAAAUAUCUCAUCUUGACUGUAUUCAUAUGAGUUUAUUCAGUG